AAACAGUAAUCCCCCAUUUUUCUCAAAAUCUUUUUCAAAGCAGAAAACAAAGUUUGGCUAAUUCAGAAGAAGUAAAGCUACUUGGCAUGUAGGCAAGCCCUUUUACCCGAAGAGUCGAAUUAGCCCUGAAGCCCAAAGGAAUCCCAGAUGAAUACAUCGAAGAAGAUAUCUCCAACAAGAGUCCUUUGCUCCUCAAAUACAACCCCAUUCAUAAGAAAGUCCCUGUGCUUGUUCACAACCAAAAACCAAUCAUAGAGUCUUUAGCAAUUCUCGAGGACAUUGAUGAGACAUGGAAAAACAAUCCUAUCUUGCCCCAAGAUCCCCAUGACAGAGCCCUUUCUCGUUUUUGGGCAAAAUUCAUUGAUGAGAAGGUUGAGGAUUACUCUUAGAUCUAUCUUUGCAGCAGCUGGUGACAGCAAGGAAUUGAAGAUUAGAAGUAAUCAGGAGGUUGUUGAAGAAGUUAUCGAGCAGCUGAAGAUCCUAGAAAAUGAGCUUACAGGAAAAGAAUUCUUUGGAGGAGAUAAGAUUGGAAACUUGGAUAUUGUGGCGAAUGUUUUAGCAUUUUGGUUCAUAGUCGGACAGGAGUUUUCCGGAGUUAACGUGCUAACGGAAGAGAAGUUUCCGAUGAUAUAUAAAUGGAUCGGAACCUUAAGGAGAUCGAUGCAGUCAUGGACAGCCAGCCUCCACUAGAUAAAUAUCAUCAGUUUAUGACUGAACAGCUUGAAGCCUCUAAAGGAGCUUCCAAAUGAGGAGCCUUUGAAAUCAAUUACCUACAAUUUU